CGUUACCAUAGAGACAAGCAACAGCUAGUAAGGCUCUUCUUGGAGGAUCCUCAUCUCUAGCUGUCAGGAUGGAGGUGCUGAGGGAGAAAGUGGAGGAGGAGGAGGAGGCUGAGCGUGAGGAAGCAGCCGAAAGGGCAGAACGGGCUGAAAAGGUGGAGAGAGUAACGAAGCCAGCCGAAGUGAGCAAAGAGGAAACCAUCAUGACCCAGGAUGAGCUUCGAGACCUGGAGGGGAAGCUAAUGGCCAUCGAGAUCCCUACCCCAGCUGAUCACACGACCUUAAGCCAGGCCCCCAUUGAUGUCUCCAAGCUGCCUCCUUCCUACACCACCAACUCACUGAAGGAGGAGCACCUGCUGAUGGUGGCGGACAACUUCUCCCACCAGUACAGCCACCUGUGUCCAGACCGCGUGCCUCUCUUCUUGCACCCACUAAAUGAGUGCAAUGUACCUAAGUUCGUGAGCACCACCCUGAGGCCCACACUGAUGCCCUACCCUGAACUCUACAACUGGGACAGCUGUGCCCAGUUUGUAUCUGACUUCCUCACCAUGGUCCCACUGGCUGAUCCCCUCAAGCCGCCCACACACUUAUAUUCCUCGACCACCGUGCUCAAGUGCCAGAAGGGAAACUGCUUUGACUUCAGCACCCUGCUCUGCUCCAUGCUGAUUGGCUCCGGCUAUGAUGCCUACUGUGUCAAUGGCUAUGGCUCACAGGACCUGUGCCUCAUGGACCUGACAAGGGAAGUGUGUCCGCUCACUGUGAAGGCCAAAGAGAUAAUCAAGAAGAAAGAGAAGGCAGUGCCUAAGAAAUACGCCAUCAAGCCGCCCCGGGACCUGACCAGCAGGUUUGAGCAGGAGCAAGAGGAGAAGAGAAUACAGGAGAUCAAGGAUCUAGAACAGAAGCGGCUUAAGGAAGAGGAAGAUCGCCUCCUGGAGGCAGAGAAAGCAAAGCCCGAUCACCUGCAUGGCCUGAGGGUGCACUCCUGGGUCCUGGUGCUGUCAGGAAAGCGCGAGGUGCCUGAGAGCUUCUUCAUCGACCCUCUGACUGGGCGCAGCUACAGUACCAAGGAUGACCACUUCCUGGGCAUCGAGAGCCUCUGGAACCACAAGAACUACUGGAUCAACAUGCAGGACUGCUGGAACUGCUGCAAGGACUUGAUCUUCGACCUGGGAGAUCCGGUGAGGUGGGAGUACAUGCUCUUGGGGACCGAUAAGCCUCACCUGUCCUUGACUGAGGAGGAAGAAGAAGGGCUGGAUGAUGAUGAUGAAAUGGAAGAGCUGGGCAAAGAAGAGGAGGAUAAGAGCUUUGACAUGCCGUCUUCGUGGGUCUCCCAGAUUGAGAUCACCCCAGAAGAGUUUGAGACCCGUUGCCCCAAUGGGAAGAAAGUGAUACAGUACAAGAGGGCACAGCUGGAGAAGUGGUCCCCAUACCUCAACAACAAUGGCCUGGUGUGUCGCCUUACCACCUACGAGGACCAACAGUGCACAAAGGUUCUGGAGAUAAAGGAGUGGUACCAGAACCGGGAGGAUAUGCUGGAGCUGAAGCAUAUAAACAAGACCACAGGCCUGCACGUGGACUACUUCAAGCCAGGCCAUCCCCAAGCUCUGUGUGUGCACUCAUAUAAGUCUAUGCUACCUGAGAUGGACCGCGUCAUGGAGUUUUAUAAAAUGAUCCGUGUGGAUGGCCUGGUAAAGCGGGAGGAGACACCCAUGACAAUGACUGAGUACUAUCAAGGCCGCUCAGACUUCCUCGCCUAUCGACACACCAAUUUUGGACCCAGAGUCAAGAAGCUCUCCCAGAACAGUGUGGAGUCCAACCCGAGGCCCAUGGUGAAAAUCACAGAGCGGUUCUUCCGCAACCCAGCGAAACCUGCGGAUGAGGAUGUGGCAGAGCGCGUGUUUCUGAUAGCGGAGGAGCGCAUCCAGCUUCGCUACCAUUGCCGCGACGACUACAUCACCGCAUCCAAGCGAGAGUUCCUGCGGCGCAUGGAGGUUGACAGCAAGGGAAACAAGAUCAUCAUGACACCAGACAUGUGCAUCAGCUACGAGGUAGAGCCAAUGGAGCACACCAAGAAACUCCUCUACCAGUAUGAGACCAUGAUUCACCUGAAGAAUGAAGAAAAGCUGUCCCGACAUCAGGCCUGGGAGUCAGAGCUGGAGGUGCUGGAGAUCUUGAAGCUUCGUGAAGAGGAGGAGGAGGCACAUACGCUGACCAUCUCCAUCUAUGACACCAAGCGCAAUGAGAAGAGCAAAGAAUAUCGGGAGGCCAUGGAGCGUGUCUUGCAUGAGGAGCACCUGCGGCAGGUAGAGGCCCAGUUGGACUACCUGGCUCCAUUCCUGGCUCAGCUCCCUCCAGGCGAGAAGCUAACCCGUUGGCAGGCGGUACGCCUCAAGGAUGAGUGUCUCAGCGACUUCAAGCAGCGGCUGAUCGACAAGGCUAACCUCAUCCAGGCUCGCUUUGAGAAGGAGACCCAGGAGCUGCAGAAGAAGCAGCAAUGGUACCAGGAGAACCAGGUAACCCUGACACCAGAGGAUGAAGACCUGUACCUGAGCUACUGCUCUCAGGCCAUGUUCCGCAUCCGAAUCUUGGAACAGCGGCUCAAUCGGCACAAAGAGCUGGCUCCACUGAAGUACCUGGCGCUGGAGGAGAAGCUCUACAAGGACCCACGCCUGAUAGACUUCGUCAAAGUCUUUGUUUGAUGGCCCCUCCUGGGACUGCGGCAGACCCUGCCAGGGAAUGGAGUCCCUCCCUUCUCCCCAGCCACUGUGAUCCUAUACCGGCCUCACUGCCACACUUUCUCCUUGUCCCUCAUAGCCCCCUCAAAUAAAGACACUUCCUUUUUGCCA